AAAGGAGCUCUCCGAGGAAGCCAGAUGUUGCGAACAAAAGUCUAAAAAUAAUCUUCCCAUCUCUCAGCCCGGCAGCACAUGUGCUCUGUGCGAACAAGAGAUCGGAGAGCCGCGUCUAACUUGGAGCGAUUAAGUUCAACCACCGCUCCUGGCUCUGGCUUGGGAGCUCCAAACCCUUUCUAUAUUUCCCUCCCCGCCCAGAAGCCUCGCAGCAAAGAGCAGCUCACUCCAGCCGUCUGCCCUCUCCCUCCCUCCCUCCCUCCCAGGACUCGCCUGGAUCCUUGAAAGCUCAGCUCCCUGUUCUCUCUCUCCUUAGGAAGAUGGAUGCCAGCAGCCAGAAGCUGGUGCCUGAGCCGCACGUCUGUAGCAAGAUCUUUGCCACAGCCUUGUGCAUCGUAAUCUUGCUCCCAGAUUCAGGCUUUGCAAAGAAUCUCUGGAAACGUGCUCUCCAUCUCAAACUGACAGAGAAGUAUGAUGAUUAUGAGUACCCUCUUCAUUCUCACAGUGCCCACUAUCAGAAGAACGACCGCUGCCCCCCGCCCCCCCAGACUUUGCCGGACCGAGCAUGCGAAGUGCCCAGCUGCCGCUCAGAUUCAGAGUGUGAAAGACACAAGCGCUGCUGUUACAAUGGAUGCAUCUAUGCAUGUCUAGAAUCGGUGCAACCCCCUCCAGUUUUAGACUGGUUGGUGCAGCCCAAGCCACGCUGGCUGGGAGGAAACGGUUGGUUGUUAGAUGGACCAGAGGAAGUGUUACAAGCUGAGGCCUGCAGCACUACUGAGGAUGGAGAUGAGCCUCUGCAUUGUCCAACGGGAUACGAAUGCCACAUCAUUAAUCCUGGCAACACAGCAGAAGGGAUUCCCAACAGGGGACAAUGCAUCAAGCAACGUGGAAAUCCUGAUAGCCGCAACCUAAGGCAUAAAUACUACAAGGAAUAUUUUGGGAGUAAUUCCAAUAAUGUGGUCGGCUAUGUGAAACAGCAGCAGAAGCACUUAGGUUAACCACAGAGAUGUCCAAUGGGACCUAGGUGAUAAGAAGCUUUAAAUGAAAGAUAUACCCCGUAGUUGUCCACUCCAGGAGAACUCUUGCCCUACAUCGCCAAUGGUGUCCAUUCAGCAUCUCCCUGAUCUCUGCCACUUGUUAACAGAAGAACUGCGCUAUGCAAGAAAGACAGUUUCAGUCCCUCGAAAGAAACCACAGCCCUUAGAAGCAGCUCCUCUACAAACGGACCGUGCUGCGUUGCACAGAUAAUCACUUGGAAAUUCAUUUUCAAAUCAGAAGAGUAUAUGCUGGGUGCAUCUACACGAGACACUUACUGCACAUUAGCCUAACGUCACUGCGUAGUAGUGUGUCAUGGCAAAAAAUGUGCUAAUAGCCUACUGCGCGGUAUUAUUAAGCUAAUGCACAGUAAACAUCACCAAAUAACCGUGCACCAGCACUACUACAGAGUAACUUUCAGUACUGAGCAUUUAGUACUUUAUUAAGGAAGUACUAAACUAAAUGUGCAGUACCUAAGGUGCAUUAAUGCAUGUAUAGACACGCACACUGUAAUGCAUAUUAAAGGACUGCUUCUGAUUUCAAUUCCAUGGAUAUAACUCAGCAGUAGCACUGGUCUAAAAAUGAUGUAGAUGAGUUCAGAGCAAGGCUCUAGGUAUCUACAGCUUGAUUGAUUUUUGUGAAGUGCGUGCAAUGAAUACAGGGAAUGACCUACAUACUGCACAUAGGUUAUUUUAACACAGCUCAAAAGUUCUCAUACUUGUAAGGGAAGCCAUUGGCCGCUGAUUUAUCAACAGCAUGCAUAACUUGAAGAUGUUCCCUAUUGAAAGUGAACUCCAAAGAAUGGAUUUCCUCCAGUGACUCAUGCUAGCUUUUUAUAAUUUAGCAUAAUAGGUACAUGUGUGUUUUUAACAUGAGGUGAGGGGUGUCUAUUGUGGUGCUCUGUUGGGUAUUCUGUUGGGAAGUACAGUCUGUGCCAACAUUUAUUCCCCUGGGUCUUGAAUCCUUACAUGGUGAAGGUGGAAGUAGAAGUACUGAACAUUUUGUUGUAUAGUUUAUCACUUCAGAACAGGAGACUGGAAGGGAUUCAUGGGUCAUUACGUCCAGCCCCCUGCUGUCACAGGGUACCACAUUAUAUCAUUCCUUUUCUAAACCAACAAGCAAAAAAUCCUGAAAGCUUUCUUUUUCUAUUUGUAACCAGAACAAGCUAAGAAAUGAGCCCAAGCCAGAACCUUGGAUCUGAAAUCCCCUUGACUUAAAGAAGUCUGAGCCUGGAUAUAAACUUCAAAGCAAAGGCUAUUUCUAUGAUGGGUUUAAGCAGCUGAUUGAUUUAAGCACCAAGGACCUGUGGAAAAUUCAUUGAUCCAAAAAACCAUUGCCUUUCCUACACCCCUGUGCACAGAAUGGUUCACCCAAACAUUUUAUCACAAAAAGUAUUGGAGUGUUUGGGGAACGUGAAAGUCUUCCCUUUAUUUUUAGGAUGUGCCAAUUUGUGUUGGCAAAAUAAGAUCUGCAGAAUGCAAACUGUGCUGGAGCUUAUGUACCGACCGUUAUAACAGCCCAAUUUGUGGCCACACCAGUUGGAGAUGCAAAUGAAUGGGCAAAUUAAUUGCUGCAGUACGAGUCCCCAUCAAAUAGGAAGCUGCUUAGAGGAAAUCAGGUCCUUUGUACUUCCUUCCACAAAUCCUUAUGCCUGUCUGGGCCCCAGACUUUCUUUCUAGUGAUCAAUGUUAGUAAAAUGGAGAGGGCUCUGUAACGGCUUGGUUUCUUUUGGAAUAACGCGCUCAACCCAACUUCUGACUCUUCACUUUGACUCGCAUUCAAAAUUAGUGGCUGCAAUAUUUCCACAAACAUUUUGCCCAUGUCCCAUGUACAUAGAUAAAUAUGGUAUGUUAUCAGAUGAGUGGUUGCUCCAUAUUGUAAUAUCCAUGCAAAUGCAAGUUGGUGUUUUCAAAGUAUAUAGGUACCAAGCUCAGGGGCCUGUAUAAACAUAUGAGACUUUGCAUGUAAUAAUAUAUGUGACUGAAGCCAACUCAGAGAUGAGAGAUGCUGAUUAUUUUUAUUCGUAGAGGCACAUACCUCAGAGCUAUUGCCUUACAGAGGAAUGAGUUUACAGUUCCUUCUUUUCCUAAACAUCUACAUACAUUAGAUUGUAUUUGCUUGGCUGAGUCUCUGCAUUUACCUGAAGUUAUUAAAGGCACAAUUAUAUUCGAACAUACCUAUUUUAGGCACAUAAGGAUAUUUCCUCCACUUGUUUUUUCGGACAAAAUUCUUUUCCCCAGCUUAGCUGCCAUUAGAUAGAUUUGGUAUUAUAAUAUCCAGUAGAUCCAGUCUAAAUAUACUCUAUCAAAGUGCUACUAUCUUGUACUACCUCUACUUUUACAACAUGCCUCUGCAUUAAAGACAGGUUCCACCGAUACCACAAAACACCUCAACCUGUAUAUCACAGAAAUCUUACCGGAGAUCCCGAUUCUGAACGGUGCUCAGAGAAUUGCUUGACUUUUUGUAAAAAAUAAUUUUCCAUUUUUUGCAGCCAAAAAAAAUUGAGCAAUUCUUUUCAUGUAAUAUUUUUCAGUCAGCUAAAGAAUUGGUCAACAUUUGAUGGUUUUUUUAAAUUCUUUAAAAAAAAAUCAAAUGUUGAAAAAUGCUGAAAAUCCAGUAAUAAUAUUCAUGAAACUUUUCACUAGUCUUUCGAUUGGCUCUUUAACACUCACAGUGACCGACCACUGAUCAAGGAGAUGGAAGGUUUUUUGGGCCUAGACACUUGCUGUCUUGCGUGUUAAAGGCCUUACAAGAUCAAGCGUCUAGGCCGCCGUCUAAUCCCAGACAGCAUUUAAGCAUGUACUUAAUUUGAGCAAUCUGUUUGCUUGAACUUCAAGUAUAAAUAAGCAUAGAUAAGCAUAUAUUUGAAUUUGCUAGAUAGGAGCAGCAGAGCAGAAAUUUGAUAAAUUGACUGUAAAGAAAGAAAGCUGAUAAAAUAAUGAACCAUUGAAUAUUCACUGUGUGCCGAGAGAGAAGUCGGCCUUUCUGUUGGUGCUGUGUUGCUCUUUUAAAGGUCUUAUGAAUUGCCAGCCUCAGUAGAAAGCUGUAGAGAUCUGUACGAACGCUGGACUUUCAAUCAUAAAGUUCCUAACGCUUGUACAAAUAUUGUCGACUGUCCCAUACAUGUUCCUGAUUUCUUAUUUCUGCCCUGGAAAAAAUGUUUUUAAGAGCAGCACAACAAAGCUUGAUAGGAAAUUGGCACUGUUAGCUUUUUGAUUAUGUCUCUUUUUCCCAUGCUGUGUUUAGUGCCGUUUUAAAGCGUGUCUUGGUGCUACAAUACACUUCUCAUACAACAGUACACACUCAUUAGUGAGGAGUUCUUCCAGCUCUCACUGGCUGGGGUUUUGCUGCAAAGAUUGAUUCAGUGCUAGAAGUCGCGGUGCCUAAUCUUUGUGUUUAGAAGUGCGCUGAUUUACUUUGGUGCUCAAUAAAAAUACCCACUAUAUUUUUCAA